GCACGAGUCGUAUUUCUCAGUUGAAAGUGACGUUACUCGUUUGGCACAAGUUAUCUAUCGUCAGAGUGGGAGUUACUUUCAACUAACUGUUGGGACGCAGCACGGACUACAUAGACAAACAGAACAAACUCUCCCUUAAUAGUUGUGGCAUUGCAUAACAGUUUGUGGACAUAUUCUGGUGAAGUCGGAGCAGAUUAGUGCCAGGACGGAAGACUGAAGAAAGUUUAACAAACGCCGAGGCGCUGAAUCACAUUUUCCAUCAAGAUAUACAAUGCAUUUUUUUCAUUGUAAACCCGCUUUUUGAGUUUUGUAUCGAAACAAUCAAACGCGACGUCUUAAGAAAUUAUUCGUUCAUUUCUAUAUAUUUUUAAGUUCGCUUUACAGAAAACGUUGGCUAAUAAUUAAAUGUUUUAAUAGUUGAAUCGAUGGUCUACAUGUUUAGUCGUUAAAUCGAAGCGAAAUUUUCAUUUAUAUAAAUUAGUAACCAAAUCGAGAUACUAUUUUUUCGCCAUGUAGCUUUUUUUGCCCCCACGAUUCUGAGAUGGCUGUGUUGUGGAUUUGUGCCGUGGGAGGAAUGUGAGUGGAAGUGUCGCUCAUGGAGCUUCAGGUGGUGUGCGGAUUGCUCUACUGCUGCCUGCUGCCCAUCUUUUUACUGGCAGCCUGCAUCUUUCGCUACAACGCUCUCUCUUUAGUCUACCUUCUUUACUUGCUGCUAUUACCAUGGUUUCAAUGGCCCAAUAAGCACACACUACGAGGACACACUGGACAUUACAUCAAGGCCCUUUUCAGCACCAGUCUGAUUUUCCUCUUGGCACAUGUCAGCUUCCAGAUCUGCCUAUAUACCAUCCCCAGCCUUGAUGAUGAACUGGGACAUAACUGCAGCUCAUGGGAGACUCUAUCAAGACAUAUUGGAGUGUCCAGGCUACCGCUGGAGGAUCCUUGGAGCAUGGUGUGGCUCCUGACCCCAGAUCUUGGCAUCUUCAUUAUUUCUCUGAUCACCCUGAUACUGUGUAGCUGUCUGUUGAAGAAGAGAGAGGAGGGGCCCAAUCCUCACAUGUCUACACUUCUCAAGGAGGAGGAUGAAACUGAAGAUGAUGAUGUAGAAGGAGAAGAUGAGGAAAUGUUAUCCUGUAGUGCGACGGAAGAUGAGGAGAGUCCUUACUCAAGCAGUGGGGCGGCACAGUUAGCUGCCCGCCUCCGUGCCACAGCACAACACUUCCUCAGGAACAUGGGCCGCAUCCAGGCCAUCACACUACUAGCACUAGCUGGAAUCACUUUACCCUCUGCAUUCUCUGCCUUCUACUUCCUUCUCUUUAUUGGAGUGUGCACAUGGUGGGCUUGCCACUUUCCCAUCAGCCAUCUGGGAUUUAAUGCAUUGUGCGUGAUGGUGGCCUUCUUCACAGGGGGGCACCUAGUGUGUCUUUACCUGUAUCAAAGCUCAUUUGCGCAAGACAUGUUCUCCCCAGCGGGCCUGUGGGCCAGUACCACCAAGAAAGUACUGUGGCGGUAUUAUGGUGCAAUGAUGGCGUUACAUUUGAAUACCUUGCAAACACUUCUCUCCAUGGGAGUAUCACCGCUGUCUGAAUCACAAAUCUCUAAAGAAUCUGUGACCAAUGGUUCAAGUCAACAUGACACAGGGCCCAUUGGAGAGGCUGCAGCCGAUAAUCCUCUUCACCUGGUGGGACGAAUGAUCUUGCAACAAAGUUACAUUUGUGCCCUCAUAGCUAUGAUGGUGUGGAGUAUAACAUACCAUAGUUGGCUGACGUUUGUGCUGCUGCUGUGGUCGUGUGUGAUCUGGAUGCUGCGAGCACGUCAACGCUUUGCCACUCUUUGCUCUCCCUUCAUCCUGCUGUAUGGUUUGGCACUUUGCUGCCUGCAGUAUGUGUGGGCCCUGGACCUAGAAAUGGAACUGCCCCAGCACAUUGGCACCAUGAGCCUGCACCAGCUGGGUUUGGACCGAGCACAGUACCCCUGUUUGCGCUUGGGAGCCAUGCUGCUGUUCACGUUGACAUUUUGGCUUUUGCUGAGACAGUCGGUAAAGGACAUGUUCAGCAGGAAGAAGAGAGUGACUGCACCAUUGCAGGAGGUCACCACUGGAGAGAACACAGGUCGAAAUGAGUCGAUUUUGAAGGUGUUGGGUGGGCUGGUGAUGAGUCUGUACGCUAAGUACUGGAUCUAUGUGUGUGGAGGCAUGUUCAUCAUGGUCAGCUUUGCAGGAAAGCUUGUAGCCUACAAGAUCGUCUACAUGUUGCUAUUUCUGCUCUGCCUGUGUCUGUAUCAGGUGUACUAUUCUCUCUGGAGAAGGUUGCUAAAGGCCUUCUGGUGGAUGGUGGUGGCCUACACCAUGGUGGUGCUCAUUGCUAUUUACACCUUUCAGUUUGAGGACUUUCCAGGCUAUUGGGGAAACUUCACUGGAUUCACAGAACAGCAGUUGGCUGACAUGGGACUGGAGACGUUUAAACUAUCUGAGCUUUUCAGCAGUAUCCUGAUCCCAGGCUUCUUCCUGUUGGCCUGUAUUCUACAGCUUCACUACUUCCAUAAGCCCUUCAUGAAGAUCACAGAUCUGGAGAAUGUUACUCCCAUCCACAGGAAGAGAGGUAUAGAGAAUCCGGAUUUGGUUCGAUCCACAGAGGAAGUAAGAUUUGAGGAGGAAGAUCUCAUUACAGAGCAGGGUGAUGAUCCAUCAGAGGUUGAUGAGGCAAUACCCAGCAAGUGGGGACUGGUGAUGGACAGACUAAUGGUGCUGUCAAGGACGUUUUCUGACACUUUGACCCAUGUCCAGAGUUUCAUUUGGAGAGUAUUGGAACUGCACAUCGUCAAAAUUGUGUCUUUUUUUGUCGUCUGGGUGGCACUAUUGGAGCCAUCGGCAAUGAACUUGGUCCUGGUGGUGCUGUGGAGUUUUGCCAUGCCUUAUGGCCGUUUCAGAGCAAUGGCCUCCUGUCUCUCCACCAUCUGGGUUUGUGUCAUCAUCGUCUGCAAGAUGCUGUACCAGCUCAGUGUCGUCAACCCUGCGGUGUACUCUAACAACUGCACCGUGCCAAUGGUCAAUGAGACCAGUCUAGAACUGGAUGAAGUGCUGAACUCCACCCUGUAUAAAGCACCUGUGGACCCAGCCAACUGGUUUGGUGUUAGGAAAGAUGCUACUGUCCUCGGUUACACAAAGGGUCAUCUGCUGGUUCUGAUGCUGCUUGUGUUUGAGGCAACAGUGUACCGGCACCAGAUUCAUCAUUACAGACAACAGCAGUGCUCACCUCCCCCAAUUCCAGUCAUCUUUCCCCAGGCCACCCGUGACACACUGGACAAGGGUCUCCUCCACUGCAUCAAAUACCUGCUUAACUACAGCUUCUACAAGUUUGGCCUUGAAAUCUGCUUCCUCAUGACUAUGAAUGUUAUUGGCCAGCGUAUGAACUUCCUGGUUAUUAUCCACGGCUGUUGGUUGGUGGCCAUCAUGGUGCAGCGGCGCAGAGCAGCCAUGGCUAAGAUCUGGUCAAAAUACUGCCUGUUUCUGGUUGUCUUCAUGAUAUACCAAUACGUUCUCUGUGUGGGCAUCCCUCCUGCCCUCUGUAUAGAUUACCCUUGGAGAUGGAAAACAUCUGUAACUGUCCAUUCAGCUCUGGUUAAAUGGAUCUAUUUACCUGACUUCUACACCAUCCCCAACUCUAGGAACCUCAUAUCGGACUUCCUUCUGCUGAUGUGUGCCUCUCAGCAGUGGGCUGUGUUUGAAAAUGAGAAAAAGGAAGAGUGGAUGGUCAUGGGAGGAGAGAACAAAGACAAACCUGACCCCAUGGAGGAUAUGCCCUUUAACCCAGCCCCAAACUUCAUCAACUGCAGGUCCUAUCUGGACAUGGCAAAGGUCCUGGUGUUCCGGUACAUGUUCUGGUUUGUGCUGUCAGUGGUGUUUGUGACUGGAGCCACUCGGAUCAGUGUGUUUGGGUUGGGGUAUCUUAUGGCCUGCUUCUUCUUCCUGCUCUUUGGCACACGGCUGCUGAUCAAGCCAUCACGUACACGUCUGAUCAUGUGGGACUGUCUGAUCAUGUACAAUGUGGCUGUGAUCAUUUCCAAGAACAUCCUGUCUAUCCUGGCCUGUGUGUUUGUGUUGGAGAUGCAGAAGAACUUCUGCUGGGUGAUUCAGCUCUUCAGUCUGGUGUGCACAGUCAAAGGCUACUAUGACCCUAAUUCAGUGUUUGAUAAAGAAUGCUUGCUGCCUGUGGAAGAAGCUGGCAUUAUCUGGGACAGUAUCUGUUUCUUCUUCCUCCUGCUUCAGAGGAGAGUCUUCCUCAGUUUUUAUUUCGUGCACAUAACUGCAGAUCUUCAAGCAUCAGCACGACAAGCCUCUCAGGGUUUCGAGCUGUUCCGAGCCAGUAUUAUAAAGAACAUGCAUUUCCAUCAGCAGGCAGAGAAGAAGUCAAUUCAGCAGCUAAAUGAAUCGAUGAAACGCAUACGUGACAAACAGCAGAAAUAUAAAGAAGGACGUAAAACUUCAGAUAUAGAGGAGCAGCCAUCAGACUCCAAGGAACAGAAGAAGGAGAGACAGUUCUCGAAGUCCAAAGAUUGGCAGUAUCCUUGGAUGGACCAUGCAACUGUGUUGAAUUCUGGGGAAUACUACAUGUUUGAGUCUGACAGCGGAGAGGAAGAUGAAUCCUUUCAGGAGGAACAGAAGCCUCGUCAACAGACUGCCUUUCAGCUGGCAUACCAGGCUUGGGUCACCAGCGCAAAAGAAGCCCUGAAAGACCAUCAGCAGAGGCAGAGAGAGCAGAGAGCGGAAGCAAAGAAACAACAAACCUCUCAGGCUACAGAUGAUGCUGAGGAGGGUGAAGCAGUUUUUGAUGGGAACUCCAAAGAAGUGGAGGAGAUGCAAGAGGAAGGAGAUGAUGCAGCAUCUCAAGCCACUGGCCGUGAUAUAGUGCAGAGGAUUCUGGACAUACUGAAGUUCCUGUGGGUGCUUUUCUUGGCCAUGGUGGACGGAUUCACUAUGUGGCUUAACUUGCUCACCAAGCAGUAUGUAGACACUUCCAUGGUCCUCUCUGAGGAGCGCUACCUCUUCAUUCACAACAUCAGCCAGAGACCCUCCAGAGAGCCCAUGGAUGAUCAGAUAUCACAGGACAGUGAGAAUCUCACUGUUGAGACAUGUCUCGAUGAAACUGACACAGACAAUGUUCGCUUCAACAGUAAUGUCAAUGUGGUUGAGUUGGAGACACUGGGUGGUUUUCCAAAGUCCCGUGACUUCAGCAGCACAACUCUGUCCUCUGAACUCACAUUAGAGCUUGAUACAGAACCUUUUUACAGCCAACACACCCACCGCCCUCGACGCUCCAGAACUGCAAGUGAACUGAUUUCAGAGAGGCCGUUCAGUGUUGAGGAGUUGAUACAGAGUCGUGAGUUCUACUCGUCCCAGAACCGACUGCUGAAGCUGCUCUUUGCGCUCUAUAAUGUUCUGGCGGCCCACUCAGAGCUGGUCUGUUAUUUCAUUAUCGUGCUCAAUAACCUGGUGACAGCCUCUGUCAUCUCACUGGUGCUGCCAAUUCUCGUCUUUCUUUGGGCAAUGCUGUCUGUGCCACGACCUUCCAAGAGGUUCUGGAUGACGGCUAUCAUCUAUACAGAGGUGGGCAAUGGAAUGGAAAAUACCUUUAAAUAUCCCCAACCAAAAGGGCAAAAGAAAAAGAAGAUAGUCAAGUAUGGAAUGGGCGGCAUUAUCAUUCUUUUCCUCAUUUGCAUAAUUUGGUUCCCACUACUCUUCAUUUCACUAGUUAAAUCUGUAGUGGGUGUGGUUAACCAUCCUGUUGAUGUCACUGUCACAGUCAAGCUUGGCGGUUAUGAGCCUUUAUUCACAAUGAGUGUGCAGCAGCAGUCCAUCCAGCCUUUCACUGAGCAGGACUACAAUCAUCUUUCCAAUCUGUUUCGAAAAAAUGCUGUGGCUAUGCAGUUUAUUACCAUGUACAGCUAUGAAGAUAUUGUCACAGCCAACAUUGAGGGCAGCUCAGGGUCAGUGUGGCGGAUCAGCCCACCGAGCAGACAGGAGCUAAUAAAGGAGCUGCUUGGCAGCACAGGUGACAUGACCCUCCGUCUGGAUUGGAACUUCCAAAGGGACCUGGGGAAAGGUGGGACAGUGGAACAUACUUUUGACAGGCACUCCAUCAGUUUGUCACCGAAGAACCCAGUCAGAGUGGACCUGGCAUCGCUGCUUUUGGGCAGCCGGAAGGAUCCAGUGCAUGUACCGCACAUGUUUCCUAACUACAUCAGAGCACCUACUGGAGCUGAAGCCAAACCUGUCAGCCAGCUGUAUGAUGGUGAUGAGGAGGGAUAUCAAGAUGUGACUUUGUCGCUGAUGAGAGAAGCCUCUGUGAAUACCACUGGAGCUCAGGAGUGGUGGGACAUCAGCAUUGCGGACUGCAAGGGGUCCUGUGACGUCCUACCUAUGGUCAUCUUUAACGACAAAGUUAGCCCUCCAAGUUUGGGCUUUCUAGCAGGAUACGGGAUCAUGGGUCUCUAUGUGUCGGUGGUUUUGGUCAUUGGCAAAUUUGUACGAGGCUUUUUCAGCGAGAUCUCUCACUCUAUCAUGUUUGAGGAACUGCCAUGUGUGGAUCGCAUCCUCAAGCUAUGCAUGGACAUUUUCCUAGUGCGGGAAACCGGAGAACUGGAGCAGGAGGAAGAGCUUUACUCCAAACUCAUCUUCCUCUAUCGGUCUCCAGAGACCAUGAUCAAGUGGACUAGAGAAAAGAAUGAAGUCUGAAACUGUUUUGUGAUUGGCGCAGCAUUGCAUGGAUGGACAUGCUGCGUCUUAAUGUCCACUUUGGCCUUGAGGCCGGCUGGAACCAGUAGAGCUUUACUGCUCUUGUGAGCUUGUGAUAUUGUAUAAGUUGGAUGAUUCAGGGGUCAGGUUAAGCCUCUGUGCAUUAUUCUGCCUGAACGGAGUUUAGUUUUGUCAGCAAGCUUGAAAAUCUGCCUCUCUCAAAGUGACUCAAUGUG